UUAUAUUUCACCUUCCACUUUCAUUUCUCUAUCUGCCUCUUCGAAAAUCUCUUUCUUUCUUUCUCUCUCUCUCUCUCUCUCUCUCACUGAGCCGCCAUUAAUGUCCCUUCAAGAAAAGCUCCGAUUUUGAACCUCCAAUACAAAUUUGAAAUCAAACCCAAAUCACGAAAUCAGUUGUUCCACACAGAUAUGUUAACAAAGAAGAAGAAGAUGAUGAUGAUGAUGAGGCUUCCCUCUCUUUUCAAAUACUUAGCAAUAGACGACAAGUCGACUUUUCCCUGGCCGUCAUGUCGUCAGCCAAGGACCCUCUCUUUCCGAACCACCUCCGCUGCCGUCGCCACCGCAACAGACUCCUCCGACUCCUUCUUCACUCUCUCCUCCGAGUCCUCCGGCAGUCUUUCCACGGUGUCGGAGUCCUCCGGCGGUGACCCAAUCGAGAGAAUGAUUCGAGACCUCAGGUCAACCAAGAGGCUCCACUUCGAACCCACCGGAAAAUCGAGCUCGAUAGUGGAAGACGACACCGUGUCGCAUCCGUUGAAGGAAGGUACGACGGUGAUGUCGAUGGACUCGGAUGACCCGUAUUCGGAUUUUAGAAAAUCAAUGGAGGAAAUGGUGGAAGCUCAUGGGAUGAAGGAUUGGGAAAGUUUAGAAGAGCUAUUGAAUUGGUAUUUGAGAGUUAAUGGGAAAAAGAACCAUGGAUUUAUUCUUGGAGCUUUUGUUGAUUUGUUGGUUUCUCUUGCAAUGGCUUCUUCUUCUUCUUCUUCUUCUUGUUCUUCAUCAUUGUGUUGUUAUUCUUCUUCUUCUUCUUCUUCCUCCUUACCUUGUGUAUCCUCAUCCAUGGAGAUUGAGGAGAUCUCUUCAUUAGAUGAACAUCAUCAUCAUGUUUACUCUUAAGUCCUUAAUCCACCAUUAGAUGCUCUCCACCUCCCAUAUCCAAUGGACAACUGGUCUGAAGUAUUGGAGUUCUGGACAAUCAGAGCCAUUGAAUUUUGAAUUUCGAAGGUCCUUUUCAAUUUCUCACUUUCUUUCUAUCAAUUUAUAUUUUCUUUUUUUUUCUUUUUUAUAUUUAUUUAUUUUGUCAGACACAACUAUCCUUUUAUUUUUAGUUGGGUGUGCUCAUUAACUUUUAUUUACGUUUUAUA